AUGUCCUCCUCCGGCGGGUAUCUCCUGCUACUCGUCCUCUGCAUUAUCAUCUUCUGCGUCCCCAGUGAGGGCGUUUACGCUUUCGGCGCGGGCAACAUUCCGAGCUUCGCGUUCCUCGAGGGCAAGGCUUUCCGCCAUGGUGAUAUUGAAGAUUCGCUCGAAGAAGUCGCGAAGAAAGCCGGAGGUUUCGCGCUUGGAGCGUUGAUUGGAAAGGGCGGAUCUAAGUUUGGGGGGUUGGAUAUCAAACGCGUGUACUUCGGAAAUUGGCUCCGUGACUACAGUCAGGCCGUCGAUGUAGCUGGUUUGCAGAAGUUGCAGCUUCAAACGAUCAUCAACCUUUGCAUGGCCCUUGGUUUUUUGGCUCACGGGUACGCCACGAACGAGUUCGAGGUUACGGAAGAUCGUCUGGGUGUCUACCUUCCGACCGAGCACAUCGACAACCCUAAGGGAUAUCCCGACAAUGCACGGCAAUAUCAUCCGAAGUUGCGACCCCCUGUAGAUCAAAGGGAGUUGGAUAUUGACCCUCGCACAGGGAUGAAGAACUACAUCGGAAAUGAGAAUGGCGGAUGGGACACAUCAAAGGCACUCGUACGGCGCACUCUAGAAAGGUGCAUUCAGAUUGGCCGUCAAGCCCGUGCGGGAGGGAACAAGGUGGAUACCUACGAAUCGUACCGUCUCCUUGGCCAAGCACUUCAUACUCUCGAGGAUUACCCUGCGCACUCCAAUUUUUGCGAACUCUCGCUUGUGAUGUUCGGAUAUCACGACGUCUUCACUCAUGUUGGCGAUCAAGUCCGGAUACAAGCGCGUGACGGUCGGAUGGUCGCCCCCAUUGUAACGGCAGGUACCUUCGGUUCGAGUGACUUCAUCCACAGUCUUCUCGGGGAGGCGACCGAUCACCUCAGUCAAGCAUCUGUUACCGACCUCAACGCUGAACUGGAUAAGGCACGAGCCAAGUCGGGCUCGAAUACCCGUGGAGGCGAGACGCCGGGAAAUUCCCUUCGCUCAUUGCUGUCGGCGAUUCCUGGCGGCAACGAUAGCGAUUUGGAGCGCGAGAUGCAGAAUUGCGAGCGGAUUCGCGAUGGUCCGGCUCAGGGCGGGAAGCGGCCUGAAGACAUGACCCCACAAGAACUUCACGCCAGCCUCUGGCAAGUGCUCAAGUUUAGGGACUCCGUUGUCAAGAAGAUCGAGAAGACGAUCGAGAGGAUUCCCGGUCUGGGUCCGAUGAUCGAGAAGCUCAUGGAUUCCAUCUCGGUCUUCGUCUUCACCACGCUUGAGCCGAUCUUGAGGCCAAUUCUCAAGCAGGCUACGUCGGGCCUCUCUCAAGCAUCGGGAGAGGUGAUCAACUCGGCUGACCAGUUCGAGGUCUUCAACAAUCCUCAUUCUUCUGACCCCACCCACUCGUUCCUUAGCAAAGAUCACUUCAACCUAAUCCUGAACGAACCCGCGGGCCGCUUGGGGAAGAUCAUCCUGAUCCAUACUGCGAAUUCAGUAGUGAAGGCCUGGGAUGACACGUCGAUAAACAUCCACCAUGUCACCGAAGACAUUCUGCAGUGCCUCUUCCAUCCCAACUUUCAGGACAACAACAGUCAGAUCCAGCGUCAGAUGCUCGACUACAUGCGCACCUGGGUCGAAGGCCUCGGAAACCAGAAGCACGAGAUCCUUCGUCGUCUCUCAAAGGAUGGCGUGCGCAACCACAAGAACAUCCGCCUUGGCAGCACCGAGCACGGCCCAGGAGAGGGAACGCAAGCGCAACAAGGCGGAUUCAACGCCCAGCACAAGAUCCAGGGCUACACGAACCAGAUCCCCGGCGUCUCGCAGGCGACGUCCGCCUUCGGCCAGGCGCAGAACUUGCUCGGCAAGUUCAGCGGGCCCAACACCGGCUUCGGGAGGGACGCAGAGUUCCCGGGUGGCGGCUCUGGUCCAAGCGGGUACCCUGGCGCGAGCACGCCUUCUCAUAGCUCCCACUCCCACUCCGCGGGCCCGCCGCCGCCGACUUCGGGCGAGGCUGCCUCGUUCUUCAACCCUGGCGGUUCCUUCCCCGGCUCCGGCCCAUCAUCCUCUUACGCGCCUCCUCCUGGCCCUCAAUCCUCGUUCGCGCCCCCGAGUGGCCCGCCCCCGUCCCAGUCGUACUCAGGCUUCGCGCCGCCGCCCGGGCCCCCUCCAGGACCUCCGUCGGGCUACAACUCUGGCUACAACCCCGGGUACGCCCCGAGCUACUCGCCAUCGCCGCCCGUUGGCUUCCCGUCGGUCGACGUCCCUGGGAGCCACUACCCGGGGCAGUCCUCGUACCCUGGUGGCCCUCCUGCCGGCUUCGCGCCUCCGGGCGGUCCGACAGGUUUCGCACCUCCAGGGGGUCCCCUUGGCUUCCCCGAUCCCGACAUGCCUGGAGCGCAUGGGCAUCCGCACCAUGAGCAUCACCACCAGCACGGCCAUGGGCACCACCACCAGGGCCCGCCCGGGGGUGCGUUUGGCUGGCAGUGA